GAAGAAGAAGGAGAAGAAGAAGAAGAAGAAGAAGAAGACGAAGAAGGAGAAGAAGAAGAAGAAUGAGUCCUCCCAAAAAGAAACAGGGAGAAAAUGAGAGACUCAAACAUCACCAGCAUCAGCUCUGUAACAAAUCCUUCACAACAGUUCAAAGUUUAAAGGUUCAUCAACGCAUUUACACUGGAGAGAAACCGUAUGGCUGUGACCAGUGUGGGAACACUUUCACCACGUCACAGAGCCUGCGACAACAUCAACGCAUUCACACUGGAGAGAAACCGUACAGCUGUGAUGAAUGUGGGAAGUCUUUCACUCAGUUAGGGAACCUGAGACGACAUCAACGCAGUCACACUGGAGAGAAACCAUACGGCUGUGAGCAGUGUAGGAACUCAUUUACAACGGCAUAUGGCCUGAGAACACAUCGACGCAGUCACUCUGGAGAGAAACCGUACAGCUGUGACCACUGUGGGAGUGCCUUUGCCACAUCAGAGUACCUGAAAAAACAUCAACGCAGUCACACUGGAGAGAAACCGUACGGCUGUGUCCAAUGUGGGAGUGCUUUCGCCACAUUGGAUUACCUGAAAAAACAUCAAAGCGUUCACACUGGAGAGAAACCGUACAGCUGUGACCAAUGUGGGAACUCGUUCACCACAUCACGAAGCCUGAGACAUCAUCAACGCAUUCACUCUGGAGAGAAACCGUACAGCUGUGACCAGUGUGGGAAGUCUUUCACCAGGUCACAGAACCUGAAACAUCAUCAACGCAUUCACACUGGAGAGAAACCGUACAGCUGUGACCAGUGUGGGAGUGCUUUCACUAUGGCAGAAAACCUGAGACAACAUCAACGCAUUCACACUGGAGGGAAACCAUACGGCUGUGACCAAUGUGGGAAGUCUUUCACCAGGUCACAGAACCUGAAACAUCAUCAACGCAUUCACACUGGAGAGAAACCAUACGGCUGUGCCCAAUGUGGGAAGUAUUUCACCACGUCACAGAACCUGAGACAACAUCAACGCAUUCACACUGGAGAGAAACCGUACAGCUGUGACGAAUGUGGGAAGUAUUUCACCACGUCACAGAACCUGAGACAACAUCAGUGCAUUCACACUUGAGAGAAACCGUACAGCUGUGAGCAGUGUGGGAGUGUUUUCUCUCGUGCAGAAUACCUGAGACAACAUCAACGCAUUCACACUGGGGAGAAACCAUACUGGUGCGACCAAUGUGGGAAAUUGUUUUCCCGGAGUAGUCCCCUUAAACGUCACCAACGCGUACACACAACGUCUUCUUAAGUAUUUUUAAAGCCAAGCUAGCUGUUUCUUCAUGCCUCCUUUACAUGUGCUGUGUUGUUAUAUUCUGAGCUUCUCUCUGAAACUACAGACAGCAGUAACUGAGUCUGACUGCUGUAGUUUGAUCCAGUGAGGAGGAUGAGGCGAAGAAUGAACAGAGAUACUAAACUCUCCAGAGUUCAAACUCAGACUGAACAAACCUUUAUUAUUGUGACAUUCUGAGAAAUUAAAAACAUUAUUCUAAACAUGAUUUGCUUUUAUUCUUUUUCUCCCCAGUUAAGGUGAUUUUUGUUGUUGAACCUGCAUCCUGUCAGAGUUGUUGCUGUAAUAAUCUUGUUUUUAUAUUCAGAUCAAAUGUUUGGACACAAAGAGGCUUUGACUUAUCAUUUCAUACUAAUAAAUAAUUAAUACUUGGAUCAGUGUUUGUUGAUCUGUUGUUUCUUUCAUUCUCAGCAUCAACAUGUUCAUUAUUAUUAAUUAUCUGACACCAGUGGGAUAAUAAAUGACAUUAAAGCCCACACAGCCUGUAAUCAGUGGUGGGAUGUAACUUAUUACAUUUACUGAAGAAAUGUACCUCACUACAAUUUAAAGGUAGUUCUACUUAAUUUGGUAGGAUAUUUUCACUUGUCACUUUAUACUUAUAAUCCACUACAUUUUAAAAUUAAAUAUUGGACUUUAUAAUCCACUAUAUUUAACUGACAGUUUUGGUUACUUAACAUGAAAAGAUUUAACAUGAAAAAAAAAUGUUUAAAGAU